AUGAAGAACCUCCUCUUUGCCGUGCUUUUGGCUUGUGGGCUGCUCCCGGCGGGCGCCAGCGUGUUGGAGCUGGAGCAGAUGAUCAGGUCGGCCACGGGGAAAAGUGCCCUGCUCUCCUACAGCUGGUACGGGUGUUUCUGUGGCAUCGGGGGCAGAGGGACCCCGGUGGACUCCACGGAUCGGUGCUGCCAUGCCCACGACUGCUGCUACAGGAAACUGCGGGAGGGCAAGUGCGGACCCCUGAUCACCCCCUACCACUUCCAUGUCACCGAUGGGGACAUCGUUUGCAGUGACGAGCAGAGCUGGUGCAAGAGAGAGACCUGCCUCUGCGACAAGGCGGUGGCCUCGUGCUUCGCGGCCACUUUGCCUUCCUACAACAAAUCCUACCGCUUCUAUUUCAAGCUGAAAUGCCGAGGAAGUCAGCUCCAGUGCUGA